AUGACAGAAACAGUAGUUACUCCUACCGUUGACCCAGCUGAAGCACUACAGUUAAUAAAAAAAAAUUUACAAGAAGUUUUAAAUGAACAAAUCAUCAAAAAUGUUUUGGAAGUUGAAAAAAGGCCAUUAAAGUUAUACUGGGGUACAGCUCCCACUGGUAAACCACACUGCGGUUAUUUUGUUCCAAUGAUCAAGCUAGCUGAUUUCUUGAGAGCUGGGUGUGAAGUCACCGUCUUAAUAGCAGAUUUGCACGCUUUCUUAGAUAAUAUGAAAGCCCCAUUGGAUGUUGUUGGCUACAGAGCAAAAUAUUACGAAUUUGUUGUCAAAUCCAUUUUAAAAUCUAUCAACGUUUCUAUUGAAAAGUUGCACUUUGUAGUUGGUUCUUCUUACCAAUUAACUCCAGAGUACACUUUGGAUAUAUUUAAAUUAGCUAAUACUGUCUCUCAAAACGAUGCAAAAAGAGCAGGUGCAGAUGUUGUUAAACAAGUUGCCAACCCAUUAUUAAGUGGUUUGAUUUAUCCACUAAUGCAAGCCUUGGAUGAAGAAUAUUUAAAAGUUGAUGCUCAAUUUGGUGGGGUUGAUCAAAGAAAAAUUUUUGUAUUAGCUGAAGAAAAUUUGCAAAACGUAGGCUAUAAAAAAAGAGCCCAUCUUAUGAAUCCGAUGGUUCCAGGUUUGAAUCAAGGCGGUAAAAUGAGCGCUUCGGAUCCAAAUUCAAAAAUUGAUAUCUUAGAAGAACCAAAACAGGUUAAAAAAAAGAUUAAUAGCGCAUACUGUGCACCAGGCGUUGUUGAAGACAAUGGACUAAUUGCCUUUAUUAAAAAUGUUAUUGAACCUAUCCAAGAGUUGAAAAAGGGUACCAAUUCUUUCGAAUUCUUCAUUGAUAGACCAGAAAAAUUCGGUGGUCCAAUCACUUACCAUUCUGUAAAUGAUAUAAUUGAGGAUUUUAAAACUGAAAAGUUAGCUCCAGCCGACUUAAAAUCCGGUGUUGCUGAUGCUAUAAAUGUCUUAUUAGCUCCAAUUCGUGAAGAAUUUGCCAAAAACAAAGAAUUCCAAGAAGCCCAAGAAAAAGGUUACCCAACUGUUGUCCAACAAAAAACGAAAAAAGCUAAAAAGCCAAAGAACAAGGGUUCUCGUUACCCAGUUUCUACUGCAUCAAAGAAGGAUAUAGAAAAACAACCAACUGUUGACCAAACAGCUGAAAAAUUACACGAAACUUCAUUAAAAGAGUAA